AUGGAACAAAACCUCUCGGCCCAAACCCUCCCCAACUCACUCUCCAACCACCAAGACGACGUCGUGGCCGCCGCCGACGAUGACGACCCACCGUCCCUAAGCCUUCAAGCCCUAGAAGCUCUCAAGGAGUUCCUAGCGGAGCAAAGCCAGGCCUUACCUGACGCCGCCGCCGAGAGCCGAGCCGCAGACUCGGCAGCUCCAGCUCUCAUCUCCGAAGACUGGAGACUGAGCCAGUUCUGGUACGACCCCCACACCGCCGAAACCCUAGCCCAAGAGGUCCUCACUCUCUGCAACUCGCUCCCCGACUCGGCCGCUAGGGUUGCUUGCGUCGCUUGCCCCUCACUCUACGCCUAUCUCAAGAACAAUGAUUCUGACGUGCCUGUGCAACUGCUUGAGUAUGACAAGCGGUUUGAGCAGUACGGGAGUGAUUUCACGUUUUAUGAUUACAACCGACCUGAAGACUUGCCAUUGGAGCUCAAGCAUGCUUUUGACAUUGUAGUUGCUGAUCCCCCUUACCUGAGUCGGGAGUGCUUGGAGAAAGUUGCUCAAACUGUUUCAUUUCUUGCACGAUCAGAAAAAUCUUACCUGCUUCUCCUCACAGGAGCGGUGCAGAAAGAGAGAGCAGCUGAACUCAUGGGAUUACAUCCAUGUGGUUUUAGGCCCCAACACUCUAGCAAACUAGGAAACGAGUUUCGGCUAUUCACAAACUAUGAUCCUGCAAUGAGAUUAGAAGGGUGGGAUGUUGAGAAGUAG